AAAAAAACUAACAUUCUUCUUCCUGCGCCGUACUGUACAUCCCAACAGCCGCGGGCGACAGAGACGGCCCCCGGAGUUGUCGCCGCCGGGGAAGGAGCAGCCGAGGGUCGAGAUGACGGAGAAGGAUUCGGAGAUGCCGCACCCGGACGCCCAUGGCGCCGCCGCCGCCGCCACUCGUCCUAGGGAACGGCUGGGAGAUGAACAUGGAUCUGCUUCUGUGUGUCGUGUCAGCGCACUGGAGAAGGCAAUUGCAGGGUUCGAGCAGAGGGAAACUGAGGCCGUGGUCAAUCCAACCGUGGGGACUCUCUUUGUUUCUCUUGAUGAGGCCUAUGAAUUCUACAACAUUUAUUCCUGGGAAUCUGGAUUCGGAGUCACCUAUGGACCGAGUAGUGUGGAUUCUCAUGGAACUAAAUGCAUACAGCAAUUUGUUUGCGCAUGUGAGGGGAAACCAAGCAAGGACAGCAAUUCAUUCCGUCGGUGUGAAUGCACGGCGUCGAUUCUUUUGCUGAGAUCCAGAGACGGUGGAUGGUGUGUAUGCGAACAUCAAGUUGGGCAUAACCAUCCACUUUCUAAGACGUGUGCGCAGAGGUCAUCCUGGCAGUCUCACAACAGUAUCGACAAGAACACAAGGGACUUGAUUCGCCAACUAAGGGAAAACAAUGUGCCACACAUUGCUGAUAAUGAAGCAAAGGAUCUGCUGUCUGAGGAUCUCAGAAAGACCGUGGAAACCUUUGCUAGGAUCAAAGCAAAGGAUCCAACAUUUGAGUAUUCUGGCUUGCAGGUUGAUAGUAACUGUAGAGUAAGGCCACUACUCUGGACCAGUGGCCAGAGCGUUCAGUACCAAUACUUUGGUGAUGUGAUUAUCUUCGACACAACCUACAGAUCGGACGUGUAUGGAAUGCCGUUCGGCCUUUUUGUUGGAGUCAACAACUACUUCGAGAUCAUAGUGCUUGGUGGGGUGCUGAUGAUAAACGAGAAAACGGAGAGCUUCAAAUGGGUGUUGAGUCAGUUCUUCCAAUUAAUGGGUGGGAAACACCCCCAAACUAUACUGACCGAUCGCUGCGAGGCAAUUGAGGAAGCUGUGUUGGAGGUACUGCCAUCCACCACACACAGAUGGUUCAAGUGGCAUGUCCUUGGAAGGGCAAAGGAGUACCUCGGUUUUCAUUACACCAAAAGUAGUAGAUUCCGGGUGGAGCUCCACAGAAUUCUGACCGACACGCUAACGACUGAUGAGUUUGAGAGAGCAUGGGAGAUGCUGCUAGAGAAGCAUGGAUUGGAGAACCACCCAUUUCUGCAGGAGAUCUAUGAGGUUCGGCAUAAGUGGGUUAAGGCAUACUUCAGUGACACAUUCUGUGCUACACUGACUAGCACACAAAAGAGCGAGAGCGCGAAACACUUACUGAAACAACAUGUUCCACGGGAUUGCUCAAUGGAGCUUUUCGUCAAACAGUACGUGGAACUGCGGUCCGAUCAAGAACCGGACUAUGGGUUUGAGGAUAAGCCGACUACUAUGGAUGAGAUUGUUCUGAAAACAAAUCUGCCAAUCGAGAAGCACGCCAGCGAGGUGUACACAAGACCGGUUUACGAACUGUUUGUGCAAGCCAUACACGAAUCUGAAUCUUACAUGGUGGAGGCAGUCAUCCCCAACCUGAAGUACUUAGCACGGCAUCCCAGCAGUGAAACCAGGGAGAAAUGGUCUAGGGUGGAAUAUGAGGUCAAAGUUAGAGAAGACGGUGAGGUGUUCAUGUGCGUGUGCAAGCAAUUUGAGCACACGGGGAUGCUCUGCUGCCAUGCCGUCAAGGUGAUGAUCCACUUGGGGGUGCGUGUGAUACCAAGGCUACACGUCAUGCCACGCUGGACAACCAAGCCGCUGCAGUGCCAGAUGCACUGCCGCGGUGAACCACAGGAUGACACGUGCCAGCAGUGCAGGCACUCCGUGCUGCAUGAUAUGCUCUUUGGCCUAGCGCGCCGCGCCUGUAAGGAUGAACGGUACUAUGAGGUCCUCAUGAGCGGCCUCGACAGAAUGGAGCGAGGCAUGGCCGCGGCAGAGGCAGCACCCCCAACCGGCCGCGCCCAGCCGGCAUCAC